CCCACCUAGGAGUUCGCGGUGCCGUGUGCCGUGUAUCAGUUGCUAGUGAUUAUGGCGCCGCUGCUCUGGUUUCUGCUCCUCCUCCGAGUCGCCGCCCUGCCGGAAGACGCCGCCGCGCUCACCCGCCGUGACUUCCCUGACGGGUUUAUCUUCGGCGCAGGCACCUCGGCCUACCAGGUGGAAGGGGCGGCUGCAGAAGAUGGAAGGAAACCUAGCAUCUGGGACACCUUCACUCAUCAAGGUUAUUCUGCCGACAAGUCUACCGGGGAUGUUGCAGCGGAUCAGUAUCACCAUUACAAAGAUGAUGUGAAGCUUAUGUACGACCUGGGUCUAGAUGCGUACAGAUUCUCCAUCUCAUGGCCGCGGCUUAUCCCAGAUGGAAGAGGAGACAUCAAUCUGAAGGGCUUGAAGUACUACAACAACUUGAUAGAUGAAUUGAUACAGCAUGGCAUACAACCUCAUGUGACAAUCUACCAUUUCGAUCUCCCUCAGUCCCUUCAGGAUGAGUACAACGGGCUGCUCAGCCCCAGAUUCAUAGACGAUUACACCAUGUACGCGGACACCUGCUUCAAAAGCUUUGGGGACAGGGUGAAGCACUGGGUCACCAUCAACGAGCCCAACGUCGAAACUCUAGGCGGCUUUGACAGCGGCACUUGGCCACCGCGGCGUUGUUCUCAUCCUUUCGGCACAAACUGUACCGGAGGGAACUCCACGACGGAGCCGUACAUAGCUGCUCACCACCUCCUCCUAGCACAUGCCUCGGCAGUGUCCCUGUAUAGAAACAAGUACCAGGCAAGUCAAAAGGGGCAUAUAGGAAUUACUCUCUUGACCGGGUGGUAUGCGCCUGCUACCAAUGCAUCCCAGGAUGCUGUUGCUGCAACAAGGAUGAAUGACUUUCACAUUGGAUGGUUUAUGCAUCCUUUGGUGUAUGGGGACUACCCACCGGUAAUGAAGAUAAGGGUUGGUGCACGGUUGCCGAAUGUGACGGUGGAGCAGUCGAAGAAACUCUCCGGGUCAUUUGACUUCAUCGGCUUGAACCACUACGCUGUUUUUCCCACGGUGGCCGACGAGACCGCCUUCAAUCUGAAGCAGAGGGACUACUUCGCCGACGGAGGAGUUGCAAAUCCAACGAAAUACAUCCUAGAGGGCCAGAGUGAGUAUGCUCCUUGGGCUCUAGGGGAGCUACUGGAGCACGUAAAACUCAAGUAUGGAAACCCUGCAAUCAUGAUCCAUGAAAACGGAUACGGAGACGCCCCCAAAACCCCAGGCAAGAUCGAAUACGAUGACGAUAACAGAUCAAAGAUUCUGCAAAAUUACUUGGAAGUUCUCUACCUGUCCAUAAGGAACGGAUCAAAUGUGCAGGGAUACUUUGUGUGGUCGUUCGUUGAUGUGUUCGAGUUUCUGUUCGGCAACCGCAUGCGCUUCGGGCUGUGCGGUGUCGAUAUGAGCACGGCGGGGAGGAAGAGGUACGCGAGGAACUCUGCCCGCUGGUACUCCGGCUUCCUCAACGGUAGUGAGCUGCGGUCGGUGUCGCCAUUGAGCAAAGCCUACGGGGCCGCAUGAUGUAUGUGGCUUCUUUGGCAAUGACACGGGAGUCGCUUUCAUUUCGGGGCUGUUCGGCAAAUCUUCCCGCUCCGUGAAAUCUCAGGAUCUAUGGAGCACCUCUGUCCCCACUCCCCGAUUUUGAACUCCUGCUCCACCAGCUCCGGGAAUGGAGUUGUGGAGGGGAGGAAAUCCGAACAGGCCUUUCAUUUUGUAGCUGGUAUCAUAAGAAACCUGCUGAUAGCAUACAAUACACCAGCACCCUCGGUCAAAAGUGAAGGCCUGCCUGUGUAUGCAUGUAAAGCAUUUUUUUCCGAUAAAGGACGAUUUUAUUA